CGCAUGCGUCGCCGGGGCAGCAGCUGGGUUUGUAUCCGCUUUCACAGACGCAUGGCCGGCGUGUGGGUUUCCAAACACACGCAUUUAUAAUCUGCACCGUCGAAUAAGGGUUAUAGUAAGCAUUUGGACAUCACAGGCCAGCAGAAACCCACAGUAGAAUUUUUUCGGCAGUUUUUCAUGAUGUCAGAUGUGAAGGAGGAGCCUUUAGAGGAGGAGGGGCCUCUGGAAAAGAGGGAGGGGCCUUCAGAGCAAGAAGGCGGGGCCGAAGAUGAAGCGGGCGGGGUUACCGAAGUGGCAGAGACCAACGAGACGGCCAUGGAACGAGACUCGGGAGAUGAGAUCGUGGGGGAGAAGCCAGCCCGGAAGAUGGGGGUCCCUGGCGUGGUUUAUCUGGGUCACAUCCCCCCUAGAAUGAGACCCAAACACGUCCGGAACAUGCUGGGGAUCCACGGGGAGAUAGGCAGGGUAUUCCUGCAGGCAGAGGACCACUCUGUCCGCAAGAAGAAAAAGAAAGCUGGCUGCAAUGCCAGGAGCUUUACGGAGGGCUGGGUGGAGUUCCGGGACAAGAGAGUCGCCAAGAACGUCGCCGCCAGCCUCCACAACACCCCCAUGUGCGCCCGCAAGAGGAGCCGUUUCCACGACGACCUCUGGAACAUCAAGUACCUGCACCGGUUCAAGUGGACUCACCUGAGCGAGCGUCUGGCUUACGAGAAGACAGUCCGGCAGCAGAGGAUGAGAGUGGAGAUCUCCCAGGCCAAGAGAGAGACCAGUUUCUACCUGGACAAUGUGGAGAAGAGCCGGGACCUGGCAAGACUGCGGGAGAGGAAGAGUCGGAGCGGACAGCCCUUCCAGGAGCCCAGCUGGGGUUUCACACAGAGGCAGACCGAGGAGGAGAUCCAGAGAGGCAAGCAGAGCAGGGGCCAACAGGGACAAGCGGACAAGAGCCAGAGGAGGCAGCUUCGAAAAGCCAUGGCCAAAACACAGGAGAUCGAGAAGAAAUCGCAGUCAAAUGUCUCCCUGCUGGCGAAGAUCUUCAACGCCAGAGGCAAGCAGGAUUGAGAGCAGGGUCCUGCUGAUCAGUUUUGGGGGGUACAGCGCUGGCAAAAAAGUUUUGCAUCACCUAGAAUUUUAGGAAUACAAAAAUAUAAUAUAUAUUUUUUUUUAGCAUCAUGCAAUCAAAGAAACUACAAAAUGAUGUCACCAAAAGCCAGAAGCCAUAUUUGUAGUAUUUCAUGUUAAAUUUAGAAAUGCCUCCGACUUUUUUUCAUUAUGUUAACGUAAAAUAAUCCCGCAGGUUUCAUUCAAUUGUAGGAAGCAAAAAUUUGUUCAUUCUGUAAGGGUUUGCAAAACUUUUGUCCAGAGCUGUACAAUAUGGGAGUCCACCGUGUCUCUCCUAGGGGCUGGGCUGUCCAACCCCCUAGAUAAACGAGCCAGCCUGCGCUUGCAUUGGUUCUAAUGUAGAGCGUGUUGAAGCUGUUGUAAAGUUUUGUAUGGGGUGAUGGUUGUACGAAUUCGGUUUUUUCAGAACCAACAAAUUCAGAGUCGCUUGGUCCUGGAGUUCCCACAUUCUCUGCGAUGGAGUUUAUACGACUUCUAAAUUUUUUAAAAUGCUGUGUAAAAAAUAAUAAAAUGAAAUGAUAC